CGGUCCGGCUCGGUGGCGCGGCGCGGAGUGGGCGCCCCGGCAGAGCGGUGCCCGGUGCGCCUCGGCUCGGGUCAGUGCCAUGAUCCGGCAGGACCGCUCCACGUCCUACCAGGAGCUGAGUGAGGAACUGGACCAGGUCAUUGAGAACUCCGAGCCGUCAGACAAGUGGGACAAGGAGACUGUCCGACAGGUUCAGAGUCCUGGUGUCUUACCAGGACGAUCUGGGAGAAGAUCUCAAAGGCCCAGCUCUCAGCAGGACCUGCCACCAGUGCUGCUGCCCGGCUGGGCGGGCAGGCCCUCACCCCGUCACUCCCUUGCAGUUACAUCUGACACAGGCUUGGACCGCGAGUCCGCCUCCAGCGCCAUCCGCCUCAGCAAGGCCUGCCUCAAGAACGUCCUCUCGGUCCUGCUCAUCGUCAUCUACCUGCUGCUCAUGGCCGUGGCCGUCUUCCUGGUCUACCAGACCAUCACAGACUUCCGGGAGAAGCUCAAGCACCCCGUCAUGUCCGUGUCUUACAAGGAGGUGUAUCGCUAUGACGCCCCAGGUAUUGCCCUGUAUCCAGGUCAGGCCCAGCUGCUCAGCUGUAAGCACUACUAUGAGGUCAUUCCACCUCUGACGAACCCUGGCCAGCCUGGAGAUGUGAACUGCACCACUAAGAGGGUCAACUACACCCAUCCUCUCUCCAAUCGCACCAUGAAGUCUGCCCUGAUUGUCCAGGGGCCCCAGGAAGUGAAGAAACGGGAGCUGGUCUUCCUGCAGUUCCGCCUGAACCAGAGCAGCGAAGACUUCAGUGCCAUCGACUACCUCCUCUUCUCCUCUUUCCAGGAGUUCCUGCAAAGCCCAGACAGAGCAGCCUUCAUGCAGACCUGUGAGAGUGCCUACUCCAGCUGGAAGUUCUCCGGCGGCUUCCGCACCUGGGUCAAGAUGUCACUGGUGAAGACUAAGGAGGAGGAUGGGCAAGAAUCAGUAGAGUUCCGGCAAGAGACCAGCGUGGUUAACUACAUUGACCAGAGGCCAGCUGCCGAGAGAAGUGCUCAGUUGUUCUUUGUGGUCUUCGAGUGGAAAGAUCCCUUCAUCCAGAAAGUCCAGGAUAUAAUCACGGCCAAUCCCUGGAACACCAUUGCUCUACUCUGCGGAGCCUUCCUGGCGUUGUUUAAAGCAGCAGAGUUUGCCAAACUGAGUGUGAAGUGGAUGAUCAAAACUAGGAAGCGGUUCCUUAAGAGAAGAGGCCAGGCAACAGACUACACAAGCUGAAGCCCUGUGCUGCCUAGACUGCACAUGGAUGAGGGCCUGCUUACUUCCCUGUCACAGACUGAGCUGCAGCAAUGCUCACUUGAAGAAAGGAACCUCACAGCGAGGAACAGCUGGACAGCCACACUGGACUGUCUAACCUGGCCAGAAAGAUGCUGUCCCACGCUUAACGGGAAACAUCCGCUGGAUAACCUGAAAGUUAUCUUAAGUAUUUAAAUUAUUAACAAACAUUUUAGAGCUGUCCAAUGACUCAAAAAGGGUUUGUGGGAGGUGCCUUUCUUAUUAGUUGUUCAUUGUAUAGUUAAGCUCCAGCAGGUUAGCCAAGGCUCCGUGUUUUGUUUUUUUUUUAAGUUUUUUGAGGUAGGGUCUCACUCUAGCCCAGGCUGACCUGGAAUUCACUGUGUAGUUCCAGGCUGAUCUUGAAUUUAUGGCAAUCCUCCUACCUCUGCUUCCUGGGUGCUGGGAUUAAAGGGAUGCACCACCAUUCCCAGAUUUCCACUCUACUGAACUUCAGCUUUUCCUUUUAAAACGGACAGCUGGGUAGCUUUCUUUUACCAGAAAUCUUAUGGAGGUAUAUAGGUCAUGCUUUGGAAUCUGCACUGCACAAGGGGAGGCAAAACCCUCAUUAUUUUGACACCACAUGUUAGUGCUGUCCAGGCCCUGACAAGUUCUGUCAUUUGUUAACUGAGACUUUAAAAGUUACAAGAAAUUAGUGAUUAAGUUUCUGAUGGAUUGACUAGCCACCUUCUUUCCUAGCUAGAAUAUGUGUUAACUCAGGUAUGAGUUCAGCAGUUAGCAUUCAUGUCUAGCACAGAUGUACACAGUAGGCGUGCACUUAGUGUAUUUUGAUUUCAUUAACAGGUAAAUAAAGUUGGGUUAAUACAAAAGGA